AUGGGAGACGACUUAACCUUUGGGACAUCCUACAUCCCCGAAUCUCUUCUAUGGGAGCAAUGGUGGUCGUCAAACCAGCUAGUCCCGUUUGGUACAUCAGAAGGCAAGAGUAGCACGUCAGACGGCGUUUAUACGCAGACUGGUCCUCUACUCGAUGGCUUCUUCUAUCACUAUAACACCAACUCGACAGUCCGUUGGCAUAAUAUCAGCCACGAGACCGAUGAUAUGAAUUCGUGGAACGGCCUCGAUCCUGUCAUAGCGGAUACGCCCCUGUUUUCGGUGUCUGAGCAUAGGAUUCCUAAGGAAUCACCUCCUGUCCAGGGCCAUUGGCACUCACCCUCGACGCCAAAGAAACCAAAUCGAAAGCAAAAUUGCUCCUCUGACGAUCUUAUGUCUCGCAAAUCCACCGGAAGAACUCCGCUGGGUGGCAGAGACUUCAAUUCACAAGCAACGAACAAGACAAACCAUUCAACUUUUCGCCGCACGAGAAAUGCCAGGGGCAACGGCGCUCAUCCAGUGCAACAUGGCAACAAUCGCAUUAAAAGAAUCCAGGAACGAAACCGAAUCGCAUCCAACAAGCUCCGUGUCAAGCAGAGGGAAGAACAGCUGAAACUUGAGUCAAGCCAGCAGGACCUGGAGCGUCUCCACCGCGAUCUUUCCACCUGCGUGGCCGACCUGACAUUCGAGGUGUAUAAGCUUAAGAUGCAACUUCUACAGCACUCGGGAUGCAAUUGUACCCUCAUUCAGAACUACCUCGUCCAUGAGUCUAGUCGAUAUGUACAAGCAUGCGAAGAGAAGUCGCAGCGAGAGGCCUCAUACCGACGGUAG